AUGACUUUCCCAAUUGGGAAAUAUGUGAACAUCGUAAUUAACAUUGACAACACCCUGCUAGCCAUUAAGUCUUCUGGCCCAAAAAGCGUGGGAAAUAAUUCCGCACCCAAAUGUGCACUGUGCCUGACAUCAGGAAAUAGUGCACACAUCAUCAUUAACAAUGACCACACCAUGCUAGCCAUUAACUCUUCUGGCCCAAAAAGCAUGGGAAACAGUUCCCAACCUAAAUGUGCACUGUGCCUGACAUCAGCCAUUAAUUCUUCUGGCCCAAAAAGCAUGGGAAACAGUUCCCAACCUAAAUGUGCACUGUGCCUGACAUCAGUCACAAUUCAGGGUCCAGGCAUAAGAAAUAUAUUUGGAGUCCAUUCCAGUGAGGAAAUAUAUUUUGGGUGUGACAUUGGACAACAAAAUAUAUUUAGUCCCGUAGUAUUCAUGGAGUUUGCAAGACUAAUAGCUAUAUAUCUGAUCUUCAUGAUCAAUUUCGGUCUUGACUAUCAUUCUCUGCUUGCCUGUCCUCUCCUGUGUCUUGCUUGUGUGGAAGCUAUUGUUAUUGUAAUGUUUAAACAAAUAAGAGGCUACAGCCGAAAGUCCAGGCAUGAUGGUCUUUCACGUGCGCUUCUCAAUGUUAUGCCAAUGUCACAACAUGUGACGUGGCUUCUCUCUUCAACCCACGACCACGACCACACGCCAAAUACAAACCACGACGCCAACCAGAUGCCAAUUACCACCAUCAGCAAACAUACCAACCACACCGCCAGCCACUACCAUGAACAAAUGCCCAGCACCACCGUUGGACGGAAACGAUGGCCCACCACCCCGUCAAUGAAUGCCCAUCACUGCUGUCAACAAACGGCGACAAUCGCCCACGACCCAUCACCAACGAACGGCGCGAGGCCUAUGAACGGAUGCAGGCGACAACGAGCCGAGAACACCAUGGUAUGGUAUGGUAUGACUGGUAUGGCGUGGUAUGACCAUGGUAUGAGCACAAUUAUUGACUAG